AUGGCAGAACUUCGCACAUGGUGGGAUUCGAACGCGUACGAUGUGAUUGAUGGUCACAAUAUGCUCGCACAAGACGCAGCGUCCUUCAAGAACACUCUCAAAAGACAAGACUUCACGUCAUGGCACUCCAAGUCCUCUAAAUCUGCGAAAGACGCUCCCGCCUCCGAUCCCCCAGUCGACGACAACACUGCUGAUCCUGACUACGUCCCUGAGCCCACAAAGAAGAAGGCGCGACCAAAAUCCAAUGUUGUCUGGUCGCAGCCGGCGGAUACAGGCACAGGGAACAAUGUCAACACGCAGCUGGUGUAUGCUGUCGACUACUUGAAGUCGACACCAAACCCUUCGCGUCUAGAAGACAUUGCACUGAUCACGGGUACCCCACUGCUAGAGGAUUCCGUGUUACUCGAGAAGUUCAAGAGCCACGACCGAAUCGAAUACAAUGCCAAGACCGACCUGUACUCGUACAAGCACGAAUUCACGUUCCGAAACAAAGCAGCGCUGCUGACCGAGAUACAACGUGCCACCAAGAACGGACGCGGUAUUCACGUGAAAACGCUCAAGGAAGUUUGGAAAGAGGCACCGCAGGCAGUCGAAGAGCUGGAACAGGAAGGUGAGGUGCUUGUGACGAGGACAGUGAAGGACGGUCAGCUGCGAAUGGUGUUCUGGAACGAAAUCAAACCAACAGAGGAAAGCGGUGGGAUGCCCGUCGAGAAAGGCGGCCUGAAGCUACCCGACGACGUGGAAUUGCGACGAGAUCUCUCCAAAGAGGGGUUGCAGCUCACAGCGGCAGCACAGGCACCGAUACGCGCCCCGACGACGAAAAAGAAGGGCAAGCGAGGCGGAGCACCCCGGCAGCGACAAGUUCGUCUUACGAACACUCAUUUGGCGGGCGACAUCGACCUGACCCGGGAUUUCGUUCCUCCGGGCAAAUGAGAGAG